ACAGUGAGCGCGCUUUCCACAACACAGGUAUUCAGUCGAAUCGAGGCAUGAAACACGCCGGCAGAGCACUAAGUAUGAUCGUCACUUUCACAGUUUUGGCUACCGUCACUUGUGCGUUUCGAGUCCUGGCCCAUGAUACAGAGACAGAUUCAACAGAUCGACUGUUAUGUGCGCCCCGCCCCGUGCAAGGAUUACGAUCGCUGGACUACGACCAGUUCUCCGGUGAUUGGAAAGAGAUUCUGAAGACUCUAGGCCCACCCAACGUGGCUUUCCUUUCAUCUGGAGCUUGGAGGAUUGACUUCUCGAGGAACACAUUCUCGUACGCCGCAUUUAUCGAUGAUAGCCCUACCUGCGCGCCUCCUAUAAUCGGACGCAUCAGCGAAGAAUAUACUACAGACAGCAUAAUGUUGGAGUACGAGUAUUUUGGCCACCAAAUUAAAGAAAAAGUGAAAGUGGUGGCAACGGACUACACGUCUUACGCCAUCCUCUACUACUGUGCCAGGAGCGUUCCGCACCUGGCAAUAUGUGCUCCGGACGCCGCUCACGUCACGGUUCUGGCACGUCAUGGUAUGGACGAAGCUAUGUCGCUCCGCAUACUGACAGAGCUGCGAAGAAUCUGUGUCAAGAGGAGCAUGCUCGUGGCGCAGAACAGAAACGAUACCUGUUCCUUGGACCCUCCUCCAAUAAUAUCCGAAGGUGGCGCUGAAGUACCAGGUACUGAGAGGUGCUUCAAGCCCAAGGAACCGGGUUUCUGCCGAUCCAACAUAAAGGCAUUCUAUUACAACAGCGAGACGCGCAAGUGCGAACAGUUCACGUUUACCGGAUGUGGCGCAAAUGAAAAUCAUUUUCUCAACGUGUCAGAAUGCAUCCAUCACUGCCAGCGGCCACUGGAGGACGCUGAACGAACCAAGGCGAGCACACAGAUCCCGCCGACAUGUAACGCGUCCUGUGGAUUGGCAUGUCCGUUCUGCUGCACGAUGCAAGACGACGGAUGUAUCACCUGCCACUGCAAAGAAAGCGAGUUGCAAGCAUGGCAGGGACCGCCGUCUUGCGUGGCGUCUCCAAGCCACUGUCCGCCCGAGUGUCAAGCCCGAGAGAAUUCAACCGGAUGCUUCGACUGCCAGUGUCAAAUGGCGGAUGGAUCCUUACUGCCAGCUGUAGAAUACAAGAAUAUAGAUGUCAAGUACAACUGUCCUCCCAUGUGUCAACUGAAGAUUUCUCCGCGUGGACCCGCAUGUCGCUGCGUCUCGCAUGGUGUAUGCAAUCUACCUUUAUCAGAAGGCGACUGCGACUCCAACCAGCGGCGUUACUUCUAUAAUCUCACUGCUGCUCGCUGUGAGGUUCUGAAGGGAUGCAAUGGCAACGAUAACAACUUUGGUACCCACGAAGAAUGUCUCGCAAAGUGUUCAGAUAUCUGUCACUUUCCAAAGGACACCGGGCCCUGCACUGAUAAGAAACAGGAACGCUACUUUUACAACUCGCAGAGUGGACAUUGCGAAGCUAUGAUGUACGGCGGUUGUGGCGGAAAUGAAAAUAAUUUCGAUACCAUGCACGACUGCAAAAAGCGCUGCGAAGAUGCAUGCGAGCAAGAAGAAGAUGGAGGAACCUGCGACGCACAUCUAAAGAGGUUCUACUACGACAAGAAGGAAAAAAACUGCCGCCCUUUCAUUUACGGAGGCUGCAUCGGCAACGGGAAUAAUUUUUACACCGAGGACCAGUGCAAUAAACGCUGUAAAGGUCAAACGGACAGAACCGGUGACGACAGCGGUGACAGAGCUCUAUGUCACCUUCCGCUGGACGAAGGAAAGUGCGACAAUGAUACGAGACCUGAAACAAGAUACUUCUACGAUGCCGAGAGACAAGAAUGCAACGCUUUCGUAUUCGCGGGUUGCGGUGGGAAUGACAACAACUUCAUGCAACUAUAUGCGUGCAACAAAACCUGCUACGGAUCAGGAAUCAGCUUCGCAGCGAAGCCUUCCGGAAAAUGUCCUCAGAUAAAGUGCAGCUGCGGAAGAAGAAAGCAAAACAAACAGGGCUGUCCUGUGUGUGACUGCAACGCCGGAUCGGGUGCCCACAAUCCUUCGACGCUGGUUCUGCACGUUACGGCGUUGGUGGUGGCAGGGAUGCUUUUGCUACGGUAGGACGCCUUAAGCAGACAGUCAUCAUCAUUGUACUAUAUCAGGACGUGUACGACGCAUCACCAGCUAAUGACGAAUCAUCCACCGAGUCUGAUCAGUCUCAUCCCACAAUUAUCUUCCUAGAAGUGAAGCCUUUCUCACCGGAAGACUACCAUUGAAUUCACAUAAUGGAUUCGGCAAUGUUUCAUACAGUGAAUUAAAGCACAACGUGCUUUUUGUGUG